AUGGCAGUCCCGCUCAAAUCCCUCCAACUGCUGCUCCUCCUGCUGCUCCUGCCCCUGACGCCGGCCCCGUCCGCCCUCCGGACCGAGCUUCACCUCCUACCCCAAGCUGCCCCCUGCCCGGCCUCUGAAGGCUAUCCAUCCUCCAAGACCCCGAGUCAGCCCAUCCAGAUUCGGAUGCUUGUUCGCAGCUCCCGUCAUUUUAUUUCAUUUGUUUCUGUGUCAAAAAAGAUGCCCAUCUGCAGGGAAAGCUCAACUUCAGCUUUAAGGGAAUUCCUCUCUGGGAACAGCAGUGAAGCGUCCGAAGCAGCCGGUGCCUGGGAUGUAGAGAUCACCAAAUGGUGGGGGGAAUGGAGUUCCUGGUCCACGUGCUCCCGGACCUGUGGGGGAGGGGUGAUGUCUCGGGAGAGGCAUUGCCUGUUUCAGAGGCUCCUCACCUCCCAGGGAAUCAACACCCCAAUGUGUACAGGGCAGUCCAAGCGGUAUCAGCUAUGUCAGCAAGAGCCCUGCCCUGCUAACUCGGACAGUUUUAAGCAACAGCAGUGUUCCGGUUUUAAUGCCAAGGCCUUUGGGAAAUAUUAUUACCACUGGAUGCCUCUCUACCCUGAUGAUUACACCAGCAUCUCCAACAAACCCUGUGACCUCCAUUGUACCACUCAAAGCGGAGAGAGGCAGUUAAUAGUGCAGGCACAGGAUGGGACCUCCUGUAGGGAACGGCUGUAUCAGGGAGUCUGCAUAAGUGGCAAAUGUGAGCCGGUUGGGUGUGACGGAAGCCUCUACUCUUCCCAGACGAUGGACAGAUGCCGGGUGUGUGGUGGGGAUGGCAGCACCUGUUACUGGGUCUCGGGAAGCUUCCGAAAGGGGAUCUCACAGUUAGGCUCUAGCUUCACCUCUCUGAAUGUCAGUAACAAUGCAAAGGAGGUCAUCUGGUCUUGGCUUCUCAGCUCCUGGUGCCCGUUUCCACCCUCUGAUCCCAUCGGUCAAGGUGCCAGUUGCACAGCCCUGUUUCCACUCACUCCCCAGUCCCUUGCCCAUUUGGAGAUGGGUGUGGAUUACAAAAUCUUUGACAAUGAUUUUGAUGUGCGACCCCUUGGCCAUGAUGACAUCAGCCUGGCUGACAUGUACCACUGGAAGGUCUCUGCCUAUGGCCCCUGCAGCACCUCCUGUGCCUCAGGCAUCAGCACCUCUUAUGCCUUGUGUGUACGCUAUGAUGGGGUGGAAGUGGAGGAGGCCUACUGUGACGCUCUGACCAGGCCCGAGCCUACUCACGAACUCUGCACGGGGAGAGACUGCCAACCCGGGUGGGAGACGAGCCGGUGGAGCGAGUGUUCCCGGACCUGUGGUGAGGGUCACCGGGCCCGAAACUUGCGCUGCUGGAGGAUGCUAGCCCCUGGCUUUGACAGCUCCGUCUACGACGAGGUGUGCCAGGCCGCGGGGCUGGUGCGGCCCAUGGAGAGGAAGGUUUGCAGGAGUCAGGCCUGUGGCCCUCAGUGGGAGCUGUCCGAGUGGUCUGAGUGUUCUCACUGCGGAAGCAUGGGGACCGUGCGGAGGGAGGUGCGUUGCUCAGUGGAACCACCCCUGUGCAGUGAUGCCACGAGACCGGCCAGCGAGAAGGAGUGUCAGGGUCCCCCCUGCAACUGGCACUGGAUGGCUUCUGAAUGGGGCCCGUGCUCAGGUGCAUGUGGAGAGGGACGGAUGACCCGCUUCGUCUUGUGCCGCAACGUGGACGGGAAGGUGAUCUCAGACGCUCAGUGUGACCUGGCGACCAAGCCUCUGGCCAUCUACCCCUGUGGGGACAGGAACUGCCCCGCUCACUGGGUGGAGCAGGAGUGGGAGCCAUGCAAUGCCAGCUGUGGCAGGGGCAUGAAGGCCCGCAGUGUGCUGUGUGCAAGGCUGGAGAAUGGCGUGUACCGGGAAUACCCUGAAGCUCAAUGUGAGGCCUUCCCGAAACCCGAGGUGCAGGCAGCCUGUUUCAAGAGACCCUGCUCCGUCUGGCUCACCACUGCCUGGUCUCUGUGUAGCAAGACCUGUGGCAUGGGCGUGAGGAUGCGAGAGGUUAAGUGUUACCAAGGAGAGGAGCUGGGUCAGGGGUGUGAUCCAACGGCCAAGCCUGAGGCCAAGCAGGUGUGCCAAGUCGAGCCGUGCCCAACUGAAGCACCAGACAAUGACUGUGAAGAUAGAGCCACAGCCAACUGCGCCCUCGUGGUGAAGGUGCUAGCAGCAUUCAGUUACUACAACUACUACAACACCAGAUUUUGAAACAAGCGGCUGAUAGACUUUCCUCUUAACUUC